CCUCCUCCCAGCCGCGCGCCCCCCUUUCGCCCCCCGAGCGCCAAAGCCAAGCGAGCGAUGCCUCUGAGCGGACCGGCAGCCUUCCUCUCCUCCUUCUUCCUCCUCUUCUUCCUCGCCCUCCUCUCCAGAAGGAACAGGAGCCACAAUAGCAGCAGCAGCAGGAGCAGGAGCAGCAAGAGCAGCAGAGGCACCGGCUUGGCGCUUCCCUCCUCGCCUUUGGCUCUCGCCUUGUUCAGAACCACCAUUGGAGCGGACGGCAGCGGCGCCGGGUCUCCUCCUCAACCUCCUCCUCUUCGUCGCCUUGCUUCAGCCCUGGAUCUCCCUUUCUGCAAAGUUUGCUUCUCCAUUGCCUUCUCCUCCUUCUCUUCUUCUCCUUCUUCCUUGCGGCCGGAUUUACUGCGUUGAUUCCCCAUCCUUGGAAGGAUUCCUCUCUUUACCUCCAAAAGGAAAGAAGGAAGGAGAAAGCAACACAGUCCAGACUCUCACGCUCGGGUUGGACUAUUCUUUCCCCCCCUUUUUGAGGAUUUAAAAAAGACUCUUCUCUCCCCUUCUUGGACCUGGACACAGCCAGGAAAGGAUUUAGUCUCAAAUAGACUAUUAUUAUUGAAAAGGAACCUUUGGAUAUUUUUCCCCUGACACAUAUAUUGAUAACUCUGUAUCUGUUUGGAAGAGGAUCUUGCCGUUCUUGGAGAGUUUGCUUGCCUUCUCCUCCUCCUCCUCCCCUUGAAAGCGGAGUAAACAAGCACCACGAGGAGAAAAAGGAAUAUGAGGGUGCCGUGGCUCACUUUCGCCUUCCUUUGGGGGACUUUGUGUACAAGGCCAGGCCAUGGCGAGGCAGAGACAAGGGAAUGCAUCUACUACAAUGCCAAUUGGGAACUGGAAAAGACCAACCAGAGUGGGGUGGAGCGCUGUGAAGGGGAGAAGGACAAGCGCCUCCACUGCUAUGCCUCCUGGAGAAACAACUCUGGCUCCAUUGAACUGGUGAAGAAAGGAUGCUGGCUUGAUGACUUCAACUGUUAUGACAGGCAGGAAUGUGUGGCCACAGAAGAGAGUCCACAAGUGUUCUUCUGCUGCUGUGAGGGGAACUACUGCAAUGAGAAAUUCACUCACUUGCCUGAAGUCAGCGGUCCGGAAGUUGUCUAUGAGCCACCUCCACCAACUCCCUCUCUGCUCAACAUUCUGGUUUACUCGCUGCUUCCAAUCAUUGCCCUCUCCAUCGCCAUUCUCCUGGCCUUCUGGAUGUACCGUCACCGCAAGCCGCCGUACGGACAUGUUGAUAUCAGUGAGGACCCAGGGCUGCCACCGCCGUCUCCUCUGGUUGGACUUAAGCCAUUGCAAUUACUAGAGAUCAAGGCAAGAGGCCGCUUUGGUUGCGUCUGGAAGGCUCAGCUGAUGAAUGACUAUGUAGCAGUGAAAAUCUUCCCCAUACAGGAUAAGCAAUCCUGGCAGAGUGAGCGGGAGAUUUUCAACACCCCAGGCAUGAAGCAUGAAAACCUCUUGCAGUUUAUUGCAGCAGAGAAGCGAGGAACCAACCUGGAGACAGAGCUGUGGCUGAUCACAGCUUUUCAUGACAAGGGCUCUCUGACUGACUACCUGAAGGGAAACAUUAUUAGUUGGAAUGAACUCUGUCAUAUGGCUGAAACAAUGGCUCAUGGACUCUCCUACCUGCAUGAAGAUGUCCCUUGGUGUAAAGGAGAAGGACACAAACCUGCUAUAGCACACAGGGACUUCAAGAGCAAAAACGUAUUGUUGAAGAGUGACUUGACAGCCGUGCUAGCUGACUUUGGAUUGGCUGUACGGUUUGAACCUGGAAAACCUCCAGGAGAUACCCAUGGACAGGUGGGAACCAGGAGAUACAUGGCUCCUGAGGUCUUAGAGGGAGCUAUAAACUUCCAGAGAGACGCCUUCCUAAGAAUAGACAUGUAUGCAAUGGGACUAGUCCUGUGGGAGUUGGUCUCCAGAUGCAGAGGAGCUGACGGUCCAGUGGAUGAGUACAUGCUGCCCUUUGAAGAAGAGAUAGGACAGCAUCCAUCCCUUGAAGACCUCCAGGAGGUGGUGGUUCACAAGAAGAUGCGCCCCGCAUUCAAGGAUCACUGGCUUAAACAUCCUGGUUUGGCGCAGCUUUGUGUGACGAUUGAGGAAUGCUGGGACCAUGAUGCAGAGGCACGCCUAUCAGCGGGUUGUGUAGAGGAACGGAUUUCUCAGAUACGCAAAGCAGUAAACGGUACUACCUCGGACUGCCUCGUUUCCAUCGUGACCUCCGUCACCAACAUGGACUUGCUGCCCAAAGAAUCAAGUAUCUAAAUCCUGGUUCACUUUCUUUUCUUUUUUUUGGUCCUUCCAGACUCAGUGGAUUUAUAAAAAAAGAAGAAGUUAAACCACAAAUCCAACACAAACACACAUGAAUGCAGCUGCUAUUUUAAUCUUGACUUUUUAAAUUGUUAUUAUUAUUGUUGUUGUUGUUAUUAUUAUUGUUUCGAUUGGAUCAAUUUUACCA